AUGGUUACGACAAUAGCAGCGGCGGACUGGCUCGGGACUGGCUCGGGACUGGCUCGGGACUGGCUCUGGACUGGCUCGGGACUGGCUCGGGACUGGCUCGGGACUGGCUCGGGACUGGCUCGGGACUGGCUCGGGACUGGCUCGGGACUGGCUCGGGACUGGCUCGGGACUGGCUCUGGACUGGCUCUGGACUGGCUCGGGACUGGCUCGGGACUGGCUCGGGACUGGCUCGGGACUGGCUCGGGACUGGCCCUGCACUAG